UUUAACUGAUCAUCUGUCAUUUUCUGUUUUGUUUAUUAUGCAUGCCAUUUUCGUAAUGCUGGUUUUUUACUUGAUAUAGAUUUCGGUUAGGCUCCGCGCGUGCGCAUACUGACACAAAUUCAAACUUGCCGCCGAAUUAGCUCCGCCCACAACGGUUUGAAUGAGUUUCAGGCUGUUGCUCUGGGAAAUGUUUAAGAUAAUAACGCGCUUUUUCACUAAACAUCGAAAACUACAAGAAUCUGAGGAAACUACAGAAGACAUCAAGCUGACUAAGGUCGUGUGGAGAAACUGUGGAGCUCUGCAGCAGAAAAGCAUGCCAAAGGCCCAGCGCAACUCCCACCCAGGUAUCGUUCACUUUGGCACUGGUGCACCACGGACCCUGGAUGCUGCAGCAGCGACACGAGCCAAGACUUCUGUUUUUUGCGAUGUGAGAGAGGGCAGCAGGGAUGAGGACCUUUCAACCACACUCUUUUCAAACCUGUUAAAGCGUCUUCUUUUUUUUUUUUUUUUAUCUAAUUGCUUAACGACAUCAGAUAUAAGAUCUACACUUAAUUCGGAAAGAGAAAUGAGCAACUUGAAGCAGAAGCAAGGUACUGCACCAGCAACACGUUCAGGUGCUACUAUAGCGGGCAAGUUAGCAAUCAUGGCGUCUAACGAAACCGCUAAAAGCAAGGGUUUACCUGUUAAAGACAACAUAGACAAUUUGUCGAUGGGCCAGCUAAUCUCCGAACUGGCAAAACAACGGGCCAGUUUAAAGGAGGACAUGGCUGGCUUAAUUUAAGAUUCAAUCAAGCCGUUGCAAGCCUCUCUUGACACGUUAAGGGAGACAGUAAGCUCAUUUCAACAUCGACUCACAUCCACUGAAGUAUUAGCUGGUGAAAACUUUGAAAGGCUGAUCGCAGCGGAAGUGACGAUUAAAGCCUUGAAAACGCAAAAUUCAUCUUUUCUUGACCAAAUUGAUGAUCUGGAGAACAGAUCCAGUAGGGCUAACCUCCGUAUUAUUAACAUUCCGGAAGGCAGUGAAGAUGGAAAAGACCCCGUUAGAUUUGUAUCUGGGUUGCUUAAAGAAACUAUGGAGAGCGUGUUUGACAGUCCUCCUGAACUUGAGCGUGCACAUCGCGCGCUUCGCCCCAAACCGGGUGCAGGACAAUCUCCAAGACCAUUCAUUGUCUGCUUCCACAGAUUUAAGGAAAAGGAGAGGGCACUGCACUGGGCCAGGAGACAUGAUAUUAAAUACAACGGAGUGUCACUGAGACUGUACCCGGAUCUGAGCCCAGCCUUAGCAAAGAAACGUGCCGGAUUCAAAGAAGUUAUACAGUCCCUCUAUCAGAAAGGCAUAAAGUUUAAACUUCU